AUGUCUUCUUCUUCUUCCGUGGAAUCAGCUCGAGAUCUUUUCAACAAAUGGAGAACCUUUCUCUUCCCCACCAUCAAAAGCGAUUACUUUUUUCCUUUCUUCAAAUUGGCUAUCGUCAUUUUCAUCAUCUUUCUCAUCAAUUUUGUCUACCUUUCAAUCUCUUACCAGAAACCACAAAUCCACUUUAAUCAAUUAACCCUAAAACGAAUGUUCCAAUCCGAAAUCCCUAAAACCCAAAAUCCCAACGCAACCGAAGUUCCUAUUCCAACCAACAUCUCACACAUCGUUUUCGGAAUCGGCGGAACCUAUUCAACCUGGGAGAAUCGUCGUCAUUAUACGGAACUCUGGUGGAAACCUAAUGUCACGAGAGGCUUCGUCUGGCUUGAUACAGCCCCGCCGAAUAACGAAACCUGGCCGAAAACAUCUCCGCCGUAUAAAGUCUCAGCCGAUACGUCGUCGUUUAAAUACACGUGUGAUUACGGCUCUCGUUCAGCGAUCCGCAUUGCUCGAAUACUGAAAGAGACUUUUAAUUUAGGGUUAGAGAAUGUCAGAUGGUUCGUGAUGGGUGACGACGAUACGGUAUUCUUUCAGGAAAAUCUUAUUACAGUGUUGUCGAAAUAUGAUCAUAAUCAAUUGUAUUAUAUUGGUGGAAAUUCGGAGAGUGUAGAACAAAAUGUUGUGCACUUUUACACAAUGGGUUAUGGUGGCGGAGGGUUUGCUAUAAGCUACCCUUUAGCGGCGGAGCUGGUGAUGAUUUUGGACGGUUGUAUUGAUAGGUAUGCUGAUUAUUAUGGAUCUGAUCAGAAAAUUCAAAGCUGUAUUAGCGAAAUUGGAGUUCAGAUUACCAAAGAACCUGGCUUUCAUCAGGUUGAUGUACAUGGGAACCCUUAUGGGUUAUUGUCACCACACCCAGUAGCACCCUUGGUUUCAUUGCAUCAUUUAGACUACGUGGACCCAAUGUUCCCAGACAUGGAUCGAAUAGAGGCACUCCAAAAGUUAGUUACAGCUUAUAAAUUGGAUCCGGGUCGGACCGUUCAACCGAGUUUUUGCUAUGAUCACACCCGAAAUUGGACGGUGUCAAUUUCUUGGGGAUACAGUGCUGAAUUGUAUCCCUAUUUUCCCACAGCAAAAGAGCUUGAAACUCCGUUCUUAACCUUCAAAACAUGGAAGAGUUGGAGUGAUGGUCCGUUUACAUUAAAUACCCGACCUGUUAGUUGGGAUAUAUGUAAAAGGCCGUUAGUAUAUUUUCUAGAUCAAAUUGAAGGGAAGGAUGGGAACACUCAGUCUAAUUAUAAAAGAUACGCGAGUCCAAUUCAUUAUGAAUGUGACCAUGCUGAUUACGCACAACCUUUAAAAAUUCAAUAUAUGAAUGUUUCGGCUCCUAUAUUUUCUGCUAGCUUGUGGAACAAGGCACCACGUAGACAAUGCUGCGAAAUAAUCAACGGCUCAGAUAGUGCAAUCCAAGUCAAUGUUAGAACAUGUCAACCGUUUGAAAGUGUAACUCCUCAUUAA